CUAGAAGAUGCAUGGAUCCAAAUCCUAAAAACAGACCUACUGCAAAAUCUGUUAGUCUUCAAGUUGGAUUUUGGAAUGAAGAAAUGUUAAGUUCGAAUGAAGAUAAUGAAAUUAAAAGGCAAUUUUUAGAAUGGGAUAAUACAUCACAAAUAAUUAACACAAACAAAAACUCGUCUCUGAUAAGUAAACCCAUUGAUACCAUCGAUAUUUUAGA